AUGUCGACAACAAAAAAGAGACAAGCGGAGGAUACUCCCACUCAGCCAAAGCCCAAGAAGAGCAAGAAGAGAAAGGCGGGUGCACCAGAUGACGAGCUACUUAAUACUGAGCUUGGCCUCAACACUCUCUUCACCAAAAUGGACAACCAGCUCUUGGCCGAUCACCUGGCUCAAAAGCUUACCCGUUUCGGUAGCGACCUGAGUGCUAUUGAGAUUUCAGAUAUGAAUAUUUCAGCGAAUGCCAUUCAGGAUACGACUACAUGGCAAGAACCAAGAACCCUGGACAAGUUCCCCAGUUUCUUAGAGAGCGUCACAGAAAACCCUGAGCUCUUGUACAAGUCGGCCAAGAAAAAGGGCUCACCGCAUACUCUUAUUGUUACGGGAGCGGGUUUGAGAGCUGCGGAUAUCGUCAGAUCGAUGCGCAAAUUCCAGAACAAGGAUAACGCGAUCGCAAAAUUGUUCGCUAAGCAUUUUAAAAUUGAGGAGCAAGUAAAGUUCCUCGGUGAGCAUAGAACAGGAAUAUCUGUCGGCACACCGGCCCGUCUGAUGGAUCUCAUGGAUAACGGCGCGCUCUCCCUCGAUGGCCUGAAGCGCCUGGUCGUGGACGCUUCCCAUAUUGACCAAAAGAAGCGCGGCGUUCUGGACAUGAAGGAUACUAUGAUGCCUUUGGCUCGUUUUCUGUCGAGAAAAGAGUUCAAGGAUAGAUACGAUGAUGAGAAGAAGCCUCUGGCUUUGCUGUUCUAUUAG